AUGGAACACGGAUCUAGCUGGAAAGUCCGAGACAGAGUCACCGGUGACAGCAUGUCGGCUAGCUCCGUGUUGAAUGAAUGCCGAUCGACAGACGCGGCCGCGUGGCUGCACCUGGAAUCAAGGUAUCCCAACAGCGAACGCACCGUCCGUGUCCUCGGCGAUCAUCUCGGCCGUCUCCCCAAGCUGCAGCGCAUCGACGCGGGCACUGUCGUGUUCUUCGGCGGUUCCGUGAUUCCCGGCCCGGCCGAGCAGCCCCACAUCGUCAAUAAUGCGGAACCCUCCCUGGAAGUCGAAAGAAUCGUUUUGAACGUUCCCAUCCAUGGCCAACGUUUCUACUCCGAUGAUGGACAUGAUUCGCUUCAGAUUGGCCGCGGGGCUGGCAUGUACCUCCGCGAGGUCGUGUACGUCUUCCAGCCCGUGGAUGAGGAAGGCAACCUCCUGGAGGCACGCAGCGAGUUUGCCUCAAAGGACAAGAGCAAGCGUGGCGAGAUCCCCGACUUCUCGGACGACGGAGACUGGAUCCCGAUCUGCGACAACCUGACCGAUCUCCUGGACCACGGUUACGCCCCACAAAGGAUCACGUUUGUCGGCCUGCCUCCGCGGUUUUACUUGGGAGAGGAGCUCGUCGACCCCGCAGCGUGUUUGCGCACGCAUAUUGAAGAUCUGGCGCAUGAGCAUGCGUUGUGGGACUACGUCGAGAACCAUGUGCGCUUCGUCUCGCUCCCCGAGUAUCUGAAGGGACCGAACGCUAAGCUGGAGACCUCGAUGCCUGGGUGGCCGAAACGCCUUCCUCGUGCGAUCAAGGACGCUUCACGCAUCGUGCGCAAUCCCAUCUUCGGCGACAGUGAGCAGCUGUACUACCGAUGA